UCUGGCUACACUGUCAAUCUUCUUCGUGUCUUCCGAAAUGAAUUUUUUCCGCGUCUACUCUCUGCGCUGCAAUUGUUUGGGUGCUACUAACGCGGAUGAAGAUAGCCGAUGGCUCGCAGAGCUCACUCAGUCGCGACGCGCGAUCGUGCGCUAACAGUAGAUCGGGGCGUCGCAGUCCAUCAUCGAAGAGACCGCCACUGCACAGGUACCAUCCUUGAUCGGUUUUCUUCCCAUAGGCCUGUGGGUUUUCAAUGGUCGCAGACAGGAUGCCCGAAGCUGAGCCUGAGAACUGGUUCAGGCGAUCCGACACGCUAUAUAGGUUUGACAUGCACAUGCGAUCCUUGUGUUCCCUUCCCACAGCGGGCGUUUAUCAUGUUCCUACUCCCAACCCUGCUCCUGCUGGGUGCAGCGAUCGUUGUGCGUGCCGCAUCGGAGGCCAGGGCCACCCCCACCACCGGCAACCCCCACUUUGUCUCGACAAGCAACUCCGAGUUCCGCGUCAACAACAGGCAUGCUUCGGCACAUCCGUCUGCUGUGGAUCUGACCUCUCCGCCGCAGCGCUUUCAAGUUCAUUGGCACCAAUGCGUACUGGCUGACUGCCCUCAACUCCGACGAGGACAUCGAUGCCACCUUCGCAUCGAUCAAAAGUCGGUCGAUCGUUUCCGGGCUCGAUCUAUUCAAAUUUUGCAUCCGCAGAGGCGAAUAUAACGGUGGUGCGGACCUGGGCCUUCAACGACGUUCUAGAGAUCCCACAGAACGGGACAUGGUUCCAACUUCUGGUGAAUGGAACGUCCACGUUGAACUUGAACGAGACGACGGGUCUCCCGAAAUUAGAUCGGAUCAUAUCAAUGGCAGAGAAGCAUGGGAUCUACUUGCUCCUGUCACUCACGAACAAUUGGAAUCCACUUCCAACAGAUAAUCUAACCGAUACUACUCACCCGGCGAUCGCGAAACGAGACGUGCUCACAAACAAUUCGCUACCGAGGAACUCAUUGAGUAACGACUAUGGGGGGAUGGACGCGUACGUUCGUUCGUUCGGAGGGAAGACACACGAUGAGUUCUAUGUAAACGAGACGAUGAUCACCGCGUUCGAACACUACAUCACCCAGCUUGUAUCACGUUACGUGAACAACGCGUCCGUGUUGGCUUGGGAAGUCGCCAACGACCCGAGGUGUACCUCGUCCUUGAAUUCGACGUCGUCUUGCAACACAACCACCCUGACAUUAUGGCACGAAAGAAUCGCCACGCACAUCAGCAGUAUUGACCCUAAUCAUCUGGUUUCAUCGGGCACUCAAGGAUUCCUCUGCGCAGACUGCCCUAAGGUAAACAAACAGCCAACAACUCCGAGUCCGUCGCGACCCCAGCCGUCCUCUGGGAGUGCGAAGCGCCAGAAUGUGCCAUCGCCCCUGACACGAGCCCGGGUUCUCCAAGAGAGGAAGGCAGCCCGCAAGGUAACGCGAGCGCUGAGACUCAAGUCUGAAGUACCAUCUGGUGUGAGAGUGCGGGGCAAAUGGGUGGCAACACCUACCGUGCGGCAAGACAACAGUGUCGGAUCGGCGUUUGAUGGUUCCACCGGGGUCGACUCUGGGGACAUACUCGAUAUUGCCCAGAUCGGAUUUGGCUCAUUCCAGCUUUUCCCAGACCAGAAUCAAUACGCGCCCGAUGACCCGAAUCUUCCUGCAUUCAACAACACCGUCCAGGCAGGGCUGCAGUGGAUCAGGAUGCACUCGCAAUCUUCACAGACGGCCAACAAGCCUAUCAUCAUGUCUGGUUUUGGUCUUGUUACUCAGGAGAGCGCGCCUUCCUUUGUGCCUUUCAAUUCUACUGUAGCACCCUUCGCCAAUGAUCAGAUCGGCAAUGUGACGCUGAAUCCUGGUGUCGCGCCCUACGGUGUGACCGAUCCCCAGCGAAACGACGCGUACAUGCAGUGGUUGCAGCAGGGGAUCGCAAGUGGAUUAGCCGGAAUCAUUCAGUAUCAGUGGGGACAAGGAAAUCUCACCACUGCCAAUGGUACCGCCAUAGCCCCGACCAUCACAGAGAACGGGAUCGAGCCUGUGCAGAACUCCACUGGAGUCUCACCCUCAGACGGGUAUUCGAUUGUCGGUGUCGGGCAAGAGUCGGUCCAGAACGUGAUCCAACAGGCAGCCCAACAAUUCGCUCCCAAUUGAAAUCGGGAGCCUGCGCUCAUUCACGGACUUUUAUGGAACUAGAUAAAUUUAUGAUCAAUCUUUUUGUGCUUGACUAUGCGUGGAUCUUAU